UGCAAAAUCACUACGUUCAUUACGUAUUUAGUCAAACACACAUUUUUACAUAAGUUUAUGGACAGGAGAAUACACGGAUAACACCUCAGCCUGUCGAAAGUAGUCCCAAGUAAUUUUAAUUAAAUUAAUGCAAAUCAAUAUUUCGUUCACUUCGUUUUUAAAUAAAAUAUCAUCCACAGCAUAACAAUACAUGUAAAGAAUCCUAAAAUCCAUAGGUACCUCGCAGACAGGUGUGAGCUGUAAGCAGGUAAUAUUUUGAUUUAUUUAUACGUUCAUUGCUUACACGGAUUUUUGUGAUAUCAAUUUAUGGCUACUUUUUUUGGAAUAUGAUGAUAUAUGGCUGUUAUUGGCUGCCUGUGUAAAAAUAGCCGCAAAUUAGUUCUUCCAUCUGUUAAAAACGCGAGAUUUCCGAGAUAGGGUUCUAAACAGUGCAGCUGAAUUAUUCUUAUAUUAUAACCACGUGUUGGAUCUCGUUGUACACAACGCUUUUGAUAUUAUUUAUGUAUUAACCCUACUUCAGGCGCAAUGCAAUCAAUAGAUUCAAAUAUGAACGUCAAGUUUCAAUAGGUCCGAAUAAAUUCAUAUUGAAACAUAAGGAGGAUUUUUUUAAAACAAUCACAAUUCAAGAGACUGAUUUUGAAGAAGCUAAUAUUUUGGGGUCACGAAAAAAUUCUUGAGAAUCAAUGACUAAUUCAUAAUAUGUAAUGAAAACUAUUUUUCAACUAUGGUAUGGUAGUAAAUGUUAAACAAAACUUGUAGCAGCCAUGAGGUAGGCCUGGUGGCAGCACUAUCUAUCCACAGUCUCUACUUCUCCGGAGAUCUAAUAACCUAUACUAUUACAGCAAAGAUACACAAGUUUUAUUAUUUAUAGAAGGUCCAAAUCAAAACAUAAUAUAUCUUUUCGAUUUGAGUACCGCAAUCGUUAGAAACCAAAGAUAUUACACACAUACAUAAUAUCUUUGUUAGAAACCUAUCGAGAAAAAAAGAAAAGAUUAUUUCUAUGGACAAGUGUCACUGUCUUAGGUUUGGUUUUGCUAACCUCACUUAUCGAAACCUCGUUUUUUGAGGGAAAGAUUGUAUGCCUUCGAGUUGGAAUUGAAUUAAUGUUAUACUUAAAUUGAAAAAUUUUGUGUACCAAAAUGAUGUCUGAACGCAAAAGGAAACAAAAAUGGUCGUUAAAUCCAAGAGGAAAAGAUUGGAGCGAAAAUUCCAACAAAUUUGGGCAAAAAUUAAUGGAGAAAAUGGGUUGGAGUACUGGAAAAGGCCUAGGUGCCAAGGAAGAUGGUAUGACCGAGCAUAUAAGAGUUGCAUAUAAAAAUGAUACACAAGGCAUGGGUUUUAAAGACAGAGAUGAUCAGUGGACAGAACAUGAAUCUAAUUUUACGGAGUUGCUAAAUACAUUGGUUGGUCCUAAAGGCUGUAAAGGAGCUGAAAAUAGCAAGGAACUGAAAGUUGAAUCUUUGGAAAAAAAGUCCCAAGUAUCGAAAGCCAGAGUACACUAUCAUAAAUUUACCAGAGGCAAAGAUUUAUCUAGAUACAGUGAGAAAGAUUUAGCCAAUAUCUUUGGCAAAAAAAGUUUGGAAGACUUAUCAUCAAAGUCUCAAAGUAUUAAGGAGGAAAACUUCAACGAAAAGGGAAACCAAGCAGAUAAGAGUUUUGGUGUUGUCACACUUAAUGGUGGGAAUAUGCUGGAUUAUUUCAAGAAUAAAUUACCAACUUUCAAGAAAAGUAUGCCUGUAGGAAGUUCAAAGAAUGACGAUUCAGAAUCGGAUUCAGGGAGAACAAAUUUUGGUUUUGGGUUUACUCAAAAAGAAGAAAGUGUAGGAGAAGAGGAUGUGUCAGAAAAUUGCAAUAAAAGAGAUAAAAAAAAAGGAAAGAAGGAUCAUGUUGAUAAUUUCCGAAAACCUUGUUUUGGUUUAGGAUAUGACCGUUAUAAUGGGGAUGAAAGUGAUCGUAAAACUGAUUAUUCAUCCUUCGUAAAAGCAACGGAGACUAUUGUCGAAAAAGUGCCAUUGAAGUUUGGAAUCACCAAAUAUAAUGGGGAUAAAAAUGUUGAGGAUAAAUCAUCCAAUUCCAAAAAAUCAGUUUUUGGAUUCGGUUUUAAUUCUGAUAAUAAUAAAAAACAGCCUUCAUUUAUGACUUUUGUCAGCGGAGGAGUUCAAGGCAGUGAUAUAAAAGAACAAUUGAAUGAAGAUGUCUCAAAAAUGGAUAAAAAACGUAAGAAAAAAAGUGAUGCAGGAAGUAUUGAUGAAGAUGAGGACACAAAAACAAUUAAAAAAAUGAAAACUAAUGGAUCAGGUAUCUCCGAUGUGAAUAAUGAUGAAGUGAUACGGAAAAAAAAGAAAAAGGAAAAAAAUCUUAAACCUUCAUUUGUGUCUUUUGUCACAGAGGGUAAUGAGAGUGUUAGUCUUGAUGAUGAAAAAAAGAAAAAUAAGAAUAAAAGUAAAAAUAAAGUAAUAGGUUCAGUUGAACCUGACAACAAUAUUGAAGUUGAAAAUAAUAGCCCCCAAGUAAAAAAUAAAAAAAUUAAAACAAGUCGAGACGAAAGCGAUGGUGCAGAUGAUACUAUUGUUGAUGAAAUUGUUCAUCCAAAAAAAGGAAAGAAGAGAAAAUCUGAGUCAGAAAUAGAUAUUGCUGUUACACCUGUGACGAAAAAAUUUAAAAAUUUUGAAGAUCUUCAUUCACUUCAGGACGAAGCAAAAGAAAACAUUGAUACAUUGAGCAAAAGUUGCGAAGUUGGUGAUCCGGCAGGUGAGAACGAAAUUUUACCGAGUGGUGAAGUGAAGUUGAAAUUCAAGUACGCAAAUUUCGGUAGAAUGCCACCUUGGAUGAAGAAAGCUAACAGUACGAACCCAAAGAGUUCGUACAGACAUCUUAUCAAGGGCGACAUCGUGUUGGGGUUUAGAAACACGAACAUGCACGAUAUUAGGGGAUAUGGUGAAAAUCUGAAAACCUCCUGUACAUAGUUAUUUAUUGUUUUAUUUUGAAAAAGUACAAUUUGGCACUGUAAAUAAAUGUAUAAAUUUUCCA